AUGUCGUUGAAGCAGAGGGUCGUUGGUCUCCUCGCCGCGGGAGGUGAUGUUCUCACCGCCGUCAAUGCUGCAUCGGAGCUUUACGAUUUUCCACUGAAGUUCAGGGGAAACAAGGAGGAAUGGGAGAGUUUUGGAAAAUGUGUCGCGGACGCCAUGGUCGAUGUGGUUGCAGGCAUCGAUUUGUGCAAUGCGUCUAAUGAAGAGGUUAAGCUGCGGAUGGAAAGUGUCACGAAGCUAAGCGAGUGGAAAGACAACCAAGUACCCACAACCCCCUCCCCCACACGAAGAACCCCAGCAGGAUCGGUGAUUCGAGGAAGCGCGGCCUCGGCAUUCUUCAAGGUAUCCCAUUGUCGUCCAUCGCGGCUCAGCUCAGGGGAUAGUGAGAAUCGCGUAUUACUGCGGAGCGCCAUGGCCGGUGCCGACAAGAUUCCGCAGAACACGCACAUGCACGCGCACACAGUGCAAGUGUCAUCUAGCUCGUCUUUGUUCGACGUGACGUGGUUAUCAGAGUCGCGACAUAUCAACUCCGGACUGCGAAGCUCGUCAAGUUCAACCAAAGUCCAAUGGGACCGGUCACCGAUGAUAAAAAGGUGGACAAGAUUCCAUAGGGUCACAAAAUGCAUCUUCCGUACAUACAAUUAUGAGGAAAAGGACUUGAAACGUCUCGACUCGAAGGAAGAAAGUAAGAAGGGAGGAGCUGCUCAGAGGGAGACUGUUGGUUCUUACGGGUUCUGGCGAUCCUGA